UGAAAGAGCUCAGUCACCUAAGCAUAGCCACCGGUAUCAAUAGCAUGUCAUAAUCCGAAGAAGUAGUUUUUCAUAGGAUUACGACGGCAACCAGACGAUUAUUGCUACAAAAGCUGAUUUAUUUUACCAAGAGAAGUUUUGGCUCGUUAUAUGAGUCGGUUCUGGAGCAAAAAAAGUCUAAGAGUGCAAUAACUGUACAAAGGUGAUAGACUACUGUAGUUGUGUUGGAUUGAAAGAAAGUGUUAAGAUCAACAAUUUUCUGGUGGCUGGUUGUGACGCGGUAUCUUCACUAUGCCUAAGGGUCGGAAUUUUGCACCUUCAACACAAGCUGAUGGAAUUUGGUUUCCUCACCGUGGUUAUGAAGAAUAUGCUCGUCAGCCAGAGCGCACACUUGACACAAGCACUGGGACUAUGUUGACAACAACAUUCCAUCCCCAGUCUUCCAACAUACCCAACCCUCCUCCUGAACCUUACUUCAAGAAAGAAUACAGAACAUUCAAACACAAGAAUGAUUUCUCUGCUCAUGAUAACAGACAUUCAUUUCAAGAUCAUGGUGUUUAUUUUGGAGAUGGCAAUGAAUCAAGAUUUUUAGGCAAAAGACUCAAAAGAACAGAUCAGCGUCAACAUUACACAGGGAAAGACUUUGUGAAGCAUUAUGGAAGAAUAACAAUAGCUUCGGAUUUUAACAGCACAUAUGGUACAUCUUUCCUUGGUGAACCUACCGAGAAACCUCCAUCAUAUAGACGUUUUCCAAAAUUGCAUACAAAUAGCCACCCAGGGCCUGUUAAUUUGUCUACAACUUCACGGAGUUGGAUAAAACAAGAGGAGCUGCCAUUUAAGACUCCUACUCAAGUACUUGCUUCCUCCCAAGAACCUUUCCUUAAACAUAACUGCUGGAAGUAUUCCUAUAAUGGUAUCAGUAAGGUGUAUCCACCAUUUGAUGAAAUACGACAAAAGAGAACACAAAAUGCUGUUGUUUCAUAAGGCUUGAAACAUUUAUUGACCAAAUUAAACAAGUUUCAAAAAGGUAUUGAAUCAAAAGCUUUUAUUAGUAAUUUGUCUAGAAAUACUGCUAACGACCAACUUCAUGGAAAGCACAACAAAAUUCAAAAUUUCAGAGAAAUAAACUUCAGUAGGAUUUACUGGAUACUAAUUUGUAAGCAGUGCCAUAAAUUUUGAUUACAGGGGAAAUUUAAUCAUUCUAUAGGUGACAGGUUAUUACUCCAGCUCUCUAUGCUAUCUUGAUGAUUAAAGUUAGGAAAUAAAAAUUUGUAAUAAUUAAAACAGUCUGGGGAUUGGGGUCAAUAAGAAAUCACAACUACAGAAAACCUGCCUAAAAUGACAAAUGCUUUCAAAAAUAAUCAAAAUUAAAGGAAAAAGGACAUACUGUGGAAGUUGGAAUAUAAUAUUAUAAUCAAAUGUUCAUGCCAAGAGUAAGGCUGCAAAGACUGAAAUAUUUCUGUUGAUAAAAUCCACAUUCUUGAUAAUUAUAAGGCAACAAGAAAUGCUAAGAAAGAGAUCAUAUAUGCCCUUGACUAAACAAAGAAAAUAGAUGCAUUGCCAAUGCAGGUGUUUGAACUACUGCAAGUUAUUGAUUUAAUGGCUAGUUGCCGUACACGAUGUAUUAUCUUGGUGUACAGAGCGCACUUCAUUAUCAAAGAGAGAUUUGUUGACCUUACUUCAACAGUAAACAUAGUCUUGUAAGCAGUGGAAUGACUCAAAUAAAGGGUUAACCUGUCAGACUUGAUACAGCUACCUGCUAUAAAGGGGAAUGUAGCAAUGUGUCAUCUACCAUUUGAAGAAAAAAAAAUUACAGAAACAGUGUGAAGUUAGGAAAUGUGUGUCAAAUUAACAAAGAUAUUUAUUAUUAAGGUAUAAAUGUAUCAAAACUUAACAAAUGCAAUUUUUGUGUAGGCUCUAGUUGCAAUCCCUAAGAUGCAAAACUUGUACUGUCAAAUUGUAAUUUUUAAACGAAAUAUUUUUCUACAUGUAUUUAUUUAAUUGAAUGUUGUACA